UGUGUAUCUGUGUGUAUCGAAUUGGAAUUGAUUGUAACGAAAUUGGUUGGUGUAAAAACUAGUGCUUGUGCUAAGUGUAAAUUAAUUAGGUGUAUUGUUGGUGUAUAUCUUGGAUCAUGUUGGACGGGUGUAAUCGCAUCAUGUAGGAAUGUACAAAAGAACAGUGACAAAUAGUGUUGUGAGUGUAGUGAUGUGCUCGUGAGGUCAUGAGGACGCCGGGGGCUACGUGGGCGUGGCUGGCCCUCGCUCUGGGACUCACCACCGCGUAUACGGACACUGAGGAGUUUUUGAGUGAUUUGGAUAAACCAGUGCCAACAUCAGACGUGCAAGGGGUGCUCGGCAAGAAAGCGUCAUUGCCGUGCGACAUCCAGCCGCUACACUCUGACGACGCGGUUGUCAUGGUGCUGUGGUUCAAGGAGUCUGAUGGUGAACCGCUGUACAGUUACGACAUCAGAGGCCGCUCCUACAACCAGCCCAAGCUCUGGUCCUCCCCCCUGGUCUUCGGGAACAGGGCGUACUUCAGGGGGGGCGCCACACCAGCGGUGCUGAUGAUAGACAACGUUAUGGCCGUGGAUGCGGGCGUGUAUCGAUGUAGGGUGGAUUUUAAGAAUUCGCCAACUAGGAAUUUGAAAGUCAAUUUUACUGUUAUAAUCCCACCCAGCAGACCUACAAUAUACGACGCUAAAAGAAGAGACAGAACAAAACUCGUAGAGCCUUAUAACGAAGGCUCUAAUGUUUUAUUAAUCUGCGAAGUCGAGGGAGGUCGACCACGCCCACGCGUCACGUGGUACCUUGAGAACGUGGUCAUAGAUGACUCCUUCGAGCAAAGAGCAGAUGGGAUCACGGUCAACACGCUGACCUUUCCGAAUGUUGGUAGACAGCACUUGAAUGCAAGACUGGUGUGCCAGGCGUCUAAUACCAACCUUGCACCGCCGGAGACCAAAGUCUUGAUACUUGAUAUUAAUCUGAAGCCGAUAACCGUGGCCAUACUGACCAAGGAGCGGCAGGUCUCCGCUGACAAACGGUAUGAGGUCGAAUGCAAGACGACGGGCUCCCGGCCGGAGGCGUCAGUCACUUGGUGGAAGAACAAUAGACAACUGAAGAGGAUGGCGAAAAAUUUCUCAGAAAACAACGAAACACUUAGUGUUCUAAGCCUAUUACCGAGUGUGGAAGACGACGGCAAGUAUUUGACUUGCCGAGCUGAGAACAAGUUCAUACCAGACUCUGCUAUUGAAGAUAAAUGGCGGUUGAAUGUGCAUUAUGUACCAAUCGUGGACCUGAAGAUGGGAUCCAAUUUAAACCCUGAUGAAAUUAAAGAAGGGGAUGACGUGUACUUUGAAUGUACUGUUAAAGCAAAUCCUAAGACACAUAGGCUUGUUUGGUUUCAUGGGAACACAGAAAUAUACCACAACGAGGCGGCCGGUAUCAUUCUGAGCGCUCAGAGUUUAGUACUACAGAGCGUGACGCGAGCGGCGGCAGGUGACUACACAUGUAUGGCUGCGAACAGCGAAGGGAAGGGAACAAGUAAUCCUGUAUCUUUGCUUGUUCGAUAUGCACCAGUAUGCGCUGAAAGGCGAGACAGCGAGCUCUUCGGCGCGCUGAAGCACGAAACAGUACUGCUGCAUUGCUCUGUGGACGCGAACCCAGCGCUCGUCUCCUUCCAUUGGACGUUUAACAACUCUGGGGAGCAGUCUGAACUGCCGCCACGGUUAUACAGCACCCACGGGCACACAUCUACACUAAACUACACACCAACAACGGACAUGGAGUACGGAACCCUCGCGUGUUAUGGCGAGAACGCGGUUGGCCAGCAGAAGGUGCCUUGCUUGUUCCAGUUGGUCGCUGCUGGUCGACCAUUCCAGCUUCAAAACUGCACGGUAGCUAACCAGAGUCUCGACUCCUUAUACGUGGAGUGCGUUGAGAACUUCGACGGUGGCCUCCCACAGACCUUCCUCAUGGAACUGUUGGAACUGCCUUCUUUGAUUGUACGGUACAACGUAUCAACAAACAGGACACCUCCAUACUUCGAGAUCCGUGGUCUUCCACCAGGAGUCAGUUACAGGAUAGACCUGUACGCCGUCAACGCUAAAGGCAGAAGCGACGUGUCCACGAUCGAACACGUCACGUUAAAGGGACAGGCUAAAUUCACUGGUGAAAGCAGUUCGCUAGGCGUAUCCCCAGUGCUAGCCUCGAUCGCGGCGAUGUCAGCACUGCUGGCCACGGCUGUGUGCGGCAUCCUCGCUGUGCUGUACCGCCGGCACGCCAGCAGGCACCGCCACUUGCCCGCUAAACACGCUCCCUUGAGCGAAGCAAUGUACACCGAACGUGCUGGCCAGUGCCCCACGCCAGUGAAGCAAGAAGUUCGUGGUGAGGUGUCCAGCGUAGGGUCGGCGGGUGCGGGCGGUGCGCUACUACGCGACGAGCCGCAGGAUGACGCUGACCCGGAUAUUAUACCUAAUUUAUAUGAACGACGGCCAGUAUCGAACGGCUACAUGAGCCUUCAGCGCCCUCUAUCGAACAGCAAGUUAAGUAAAAACGACGACGCGAGGUCGGAGCCUGACGGUGGGGGGUAUUACGAUUUUAGGAAGAAAGAUUAUAAGAUACCUUUAACUAGUUCAUACCACAGCCUGGGUCGCGCGAACAAGGGCGUAACCACCAGCCCGAGCUCCGGGGGCGGCGUGACGUCAUCACUCACCGCGCACCGCUUGCGGCCGGAGGUCGUCACCACGUCGCACCGCGUGCAAGAGAGCUGCAUUUAGAUACUUUCUGGAGCAUUGUU